AUGGCUACCGAUCGGCGUAUUAAGGGGCUGAAGCUGAGGCAGAGAAGUUUGCUGACGUCAUUCAACGCCAUCACGAAGUUCGUAGACGAUUACGAUGAAGAACAUCACGCCGAUGAAAUACCUGUUCGCCUAGAGAGCAUCAUCAAGCUCUGGGCUGACUUAAAUACGGUCCAAGCGGAACUGGAGUCUCUCGACGAAGCCAGUUUGGAUGAGCAGCUGAAGCUACGCAUGGACUAUGAGUCGGCCUAUUAUCGCAGUAAGGGAUUUCUGCUGGCAAAAAAUAAAAUCAAUGCACAGUGCGUAUCUAGUUCUGCAUCAACAAGUCGUGUCCCUCCGUCGGCAUCGCAGGUGCGUUUGCCCGACGUAAAACUUCCCGUUUUCAAUGGAAAUCUUGACAAUUGGCUAAAUUUUCACGAUUUGUUCGUUUCGUUGGUGCAUUCGUCAGUCGAUCUCUCAAAUAUUCAAAAGUUUUAUUAUUUGCGUUCGUCAUUGUCGAGCGAUGCCUUAAAAUUAAUACAAACCAUUCCACUGAGCGCAAACAAUUAUGCGGUUGCUUGGAAUUUACUGAUUGAACAUUAUCAGAACCCCACUCGUUUGAAACAGACAUAUGUUGAUGCUUUGUUUGAAUUUCCGUCGCUUCGUAAAGAAUCUGCUUCUGAUUUACAUUCGCUGGUAGAGAAGUUUGAAGCCAACGUCAAGGUGCUACAGCAACUAGGGGAGAAGGUCCAGUUUUGGGACAUACUGCUGAUUCGGAUGCUGAGUGUUCGCCUCGACCCAACAACUAGAAGAGACUGGGAAGAAUUUUCAUCGACGAAGGAUGCGAUUUCGUUCCGAGACCUGACGGCAUUCAUUCAACGCAGAGUCACUGUGCUUCAGAGCAUUCAGGGUACUACGGUAGAUGUCUCCAUUUCCGGUCAAGUGAAAAAACAUAAUCAACGACCAAUCACAAGCAAUAAUGCUACACAGCUCAACGUUAGGAAAUGCGUCGUUUGCAAUGAGCACCAUCCCGUCUACCAGUGUACAUCGUUCUCCAAGAUGAGUCUAGAGGAUAAAGAUAAGGAAGUUCGUCGUCAUCAUCUUUGUCGGAACUGUUUGCGAAGGGGCCAUCAGGCGAAGGAAUGCUCAUCAACUAGCACUUGUCGUAGGUGUAGAGGUCGUCAUCAUACUCAACUUUGUACGAGUUCACCAGUUGCUAACUCAAAUAUGAAACCACAUAACGUCAAAGAUGAGAAAUCCAUAUCCACUGAUAACACCAGCAUUCAACCCUCUGCACUGGUGUCAGCAUCAUUAGUCGAACCAGCCAGCUUCGCUUCUGCUAGUGAAAGGAGAAAGACAAUUUUACUUGCUACUGCUGUGAUCAUCGUGGUCGACGACAAUGGAAACGAGCACAUGGCACGUGCGCUGUUGGACUCUGGCAGCGAAUGCUGUUUCGUCACCGAGUCGUUCGCUCAGUCUAUCAAAGUCAAGAGAAGGAAGAUCAACCUGCCUAUUGCUGGUAUUGGUCAAUCAUCAACGCAAGCUCGUCAUAAAUUACUAUCUACAAUUCGCUCUCGCACUGGAAGGUAUUCGACUAAUUUGGAAUUUCUAAUUCUUCCGAGGAUUACCAUCGAUUUACCGUCAACAUCAGUUGAUGUCUCGUCCUGGGAGAUUCCACCGAGCAUACAGCUAGCCGACCCAUCAUUUUAUAGUACCAGUUCGAUAGAUCUAAUCCUAGGAGCGGAAAUUUUCUUCGAUUUAUUCAAGGUUUCUGGUAGAAUUCCACUCGGUGACAAUCUUCCAGUACUCGUAAACUCCGUUCUUGGCUGGGUAGUGUCAGGAAGGUCCACAAGUUGUCAAUCAACAACUCCUAUUGUUUCGAAUCUUGCUACCGUCAACGAUGUUCACCAUUUACUAGAGAAAUUUUGGUCAAUCGAAGAAGACAACGUUUCACCUUGCCAUUCUGUUGAAGAAGCUGCCUGCGAAGAACAUUUUCGUCGUACCGUAACCCGCAACUCAGAAGGGCGAUACGUUGUUCGUCUACCACUGAAGCAAGACGUUCUAGCUACUCUCGUCGACAACCGUCGAACUGCUCUCCGUCGUUUCUAUCAACUAGAAUCUCGUCUGCAUCGUAACUCCGAUUUGCAUCAACAGUAUCGAGCCUUCGUCGAAGAAUAUCAUUCCUUAGGACACAUGCAGCGUGUGGACGAGAACGACACAACUCCGCCUGUAUGUUAUCAUCUUCCGCAUCAUGCUGUAAUACGUGAAGAUAGCACUACAACUAAAUUGAGAGUGGUAUUUGACGCAUCGUGCAAAACCCCAAACGGUCCAUCACUAAAUGAUGCGCUUAUGGUUGGACCAACCGUCCAAGAAGAUCUUCGCUCAAUCAUCAUGCGCUCUCGAACUCAUCCAGUCAUGUUAAUAGCAGAUAUCAAGCAGAUGUAUCGCCAAGUACUGGUUGACGAGCAGGACACCUCACUGCAGAGGAUUGUCUGGCGCGUUUCCCCCGACAGUCCGAUGGAAACCUACGAACUCAAGACCGUAACCUACGGUACAGCCAGCGCUCCAUAUCUUGCCACGCGAGUUCUUCAGCAGCUGGCCGACGACGAACACAACAAUUAUCCCAAGGCAGCCGAAGUUCUUCGCAAAGACUUCUACGUCGACGACCUUUUUUCGGGUGGAGGAAACAUUGAAGAAACAAUAGAGAUUCGUAAGCAACUCAACGAACUGUUAUCGAAGGGUGGAUUUGAACUUCGAAAAUGGGCGUCCAAUGAGCCAACAGUUUUAGAAGGUAUUCCGCCUGAAGAUCGGGCUCUACGAGAAACAGUUGACUUAGACCGAGAUAAAUGUAUAAAAACUCUUGGCUUGCUUUGGGAACCAUCAACGGAUCAGUUGCGUUACAGAAUCCAGCUUCCGCCAUCAACGGAUACAAUACUCACGAAACGCAUAGUUUUAUCGUACAUCGCUCGCUUGUUUGACCCACUUGGACUUGUUGGACCCGUCGUUGCCACCGCAAAGGUCUUCAUGCAGAAACUCUGGGCAUUGAAAGAUAAGGACAACAAGGCUUGGGACUGGGAUAACGAUCUUCCACCAGCCAUCAAGAAUCGCUGGUACCACUAUCAAUCGCAACUCUCGCUACUAAAUAAUCUACGCAUUGACAGGUGCAUUCUGCUUUCUCAAUAUGUUUCAGUUCAACUGCACUUUUUCUCUGAUGCUUCAGAAUACGCGUAUGGGGCGUGUGUUUACGUUCGCUCUACAGAUGCCUCAGGCACAGUUAAAGUUCAAUUGCUGACAGCGAAAUCGAAAGUGGCAUCAUUAAAAAAGCAAAGCAUUCCGCGAUUAGAACUAUGCGGGGCUCUGCUAUCUGCGGAAUUACAUCAAAAGGUCAAGUCAUCGCUGCAAAUCAACGCCGAAUCAUACUUUUGGGUCGAUUCUACAAUCGUUUUGUGUUGGCUGAAGUCCACUCCGUCAAAAUGGACAACUUUCGUAGCAAACCGAGUCUCCAAGAUACAAACCGCAUCCAGAAAUUGCCCUUGGAAUCACGUUGCAGGUCAACAAAAUCCAGCAGAUCACAUUUCAAGAGGCCUUGAUGCAGCAAAUCUUCUUCGAUGUGAUUUGUGGUGGCGGGGAUCUCCAUGGUUGCAUAAGGAACAAAUCGACUGGCCAUCUCAACGACUCGACGACAUUGACCAUCCUGAAGCUCUCGCAGAAGCACGAAAGACACCAGCCGCAAUAGUAUCUACACGCGUCGAGCCAUCAUUCAUCGACCAGUUUAUAGAAAAAUUCUCUAAUUUCCAGCGUAUGAUUCGAGUAGUAGCAUAUUGUCGUCGAUUUUUGCAAAACUGUCGGAGGAAUUCAACGAGAGCGGCAGAAGCUGAAAAAUUAACGGCAAAAGAGUACAAAGAAGCAGAAACGGCGAUUAUCCGACUGAUUCAGCAGCAAACAUUUGGUAACGAGUAUGAAGCCCUUCAGCAUGCGCAACCAGUGUCCUCCAAAUCUCGUAUACGUUGGUUUCACCCGUUCAUAGAUGCAGAUCAACUCAUUCGAAUCGGUGGCAGACUUGGAAAAUCAAGUCAGCAAUAUGACAGCAAACAUCAAAUUCUUCUCCCAGCAUCGCAUCAAUUUUCAGUUUUACUCGUGCGCUACCAUCACGAAAAACAUCUGCACGCAGCGCCUCAACUUCUGCUCAACCUACUUCGCUUACGAUAUUGGAUCACCGGGGGCAGAACACUUGUACGUCGAAUUGUUCAUCAAUGCGUAGUUUGCUUCCGAGCUCGUCCCAAGCUUGUAGAGCAAUUUAUGCCUGAAUUACCUGCAUCACGAGUAACUGCAACUCGACCAUUCACAGUUACCGGCGUUGAUUAUUGGGGACCUAUUCAGCUAAAACCACCGCAUCGACGAGCUGCACCUACCAAGGCAUAUGUAGCAGUUUUUGUGUGUUUUGCAACGAAGGCUGUGCACCUUGAACUUGUUGGCGAUUUAAGCACCGCAAAAUUCAUCGAAGCGCUACGUAGAUUUGUCUCACGUCGUGGUUUGUGCUCAGAAAUAUACAGCGACAACGGUCGAAACUUUAUUGGAGCAGCCAACGAACUUCGUCAACUAGUUAAAACCAAAGGGCAUAAUCAACAAAUCGCUCAAGAAUGUGCUGACAAUGGAAUUCAGUGGCAUUUCAAUCCACCAAAAGCAUCGCAUUUCGGUGGCCUAUGGGAAGCCGCAAUAUCAUCAGCGCAAAAACAUUUCGUUCGAGUUCUUGGCACUCAUACACUUGCCUACGAUUCUAUGGAAACACUGCUGACACAAAUCGAAUGCUGUCUCAACUCCAGACCGAUUGUGCCAAUGUCCGAUGACGCAAGCGAUUAUGAAGUACUUACCCCAGGACAUUUUUUAGUUGGCACCGCGCUCAAGGCUGUCCCAGACAAUAAUGUAAUUGAUAUUCCCUUCAACCGAUUACGACAAUGGCAACAAACGCAAAAAUUAUACCAACAACUGUGGAAACGAUGGCAUCUUGAAUAUUUAUCAACAUUACAAACCCGUACAAAAUGGUACAAUCCGCCUGUGCACCUACAAGAAAAUCAAUUGGUAAUAAUUAAGGACGAAAAUGCCCCACCGAUGAGCUGGAAAACUGGACGAAUAAUUCAACUUCAUCCUGGUGACGACGGAACAACACGCGUAGUGACAUUACUAACACCUACCGGUCGUUACACUCGACCUGUAUCAAAAAUAUGUCUGCUGCCUAUCUCGUCGCCACUAGAAAGAAAUGAAUCACUUACCUGUGCCAAAUCAACCUAG